AAUAUGGUCCUCGCUGGGCGUGGGAUCAUUCUGCUGCGAGCUGGAGGAGGAGAGCAUGCAGGAGAUGCGUCUUCAACUACGCGCGUUGCUACAGGAACUUUAAGCUUUAAGACAAAACAAAAACAAUAUGAAACUCCGAGCAAAGAAAACGAAUAUGUGACAAACAUCGACAGAGAGUGUGAAAAGCAGCCAGCACAAGAUCUCACAUUAAAGACUGACCUUAACCCUCACUGGUCUACAGAAGCCACUUUCAACUCCUGACUGAUUGUGACAUCCCAUCAUGCCACUGAUCGUGUUACCCACCUCCAGGCUGCUAUGGGUGCGCGUAGCUGCCCUGCUGUUCACCUGCGUGGCGUUCAGCGUCGCAGCACAUGGAGCCCGUCUAUACGGAGGCAUGGCUGACUGGUGCAUCUUCUGCUGGGCGUUCAGCUUCACCUGCACCUUGCUGGUCCUGCUGGUGGAGAUGUUCGGCCUCCAGACCCGAGCCCCAGUGUCCUGGUCAAACUUCCCCAUCACUAUCGCCUGCUACGCCUCCCUCCUCUGCCUCUCCGCCUCCAUCAUCUUCCCACUUUUUUUCCUCAAGGACCAGCAGUUCUAUGGCGACAUUCGCGGCUAUCGCAUCGCCUCCACUGUCUUCUCCUGCCUGGCAGCGGUAGCCUACAUGGGGGAGGUGAGCCUGACCAAAGCGAGGCCAGGAGAGGUGGCGGGUUACAUGGCUACAGCUCCAGGCCUGUUGAAGGUGUGCCAGACAUUCGUGGCCUGUAUUAUCUUCAUCCUGGUCAGCGACCCUGUGUCGUAUGACCGCCAUCCGGCUCUCAAGUGGUGCAUGGCCGUGUACUGCAUCUGCUUCAUCCUCUCCAUGGCUGUGGUGGUGCUGUGUGUGGCCGAGUUAACCGGCUGUCUGCCCAUCCCCUUCUCCAAGUUCCUGUCAGCUUACGGGCUCCUGGCAGUCAUCAUGUACUUGACGGCUACCAUCAUCUGGCCAGUGUUCCAGUUUGACAAACAGUACCAUGGUGGAAGCCGAGCGUCGUCAAAACUGAUCGCGGUGGCAGUGCUCACUGCCCUCAACUUCCUGCUUUACCUCGCUGACCUGGCCUACACGGCCAGACUGGUGUUUGUCACCGUCUGAGAGGAAAUGAGAUGAAGGAGGGAGACAUAUUGAGUGUUCAAGAACAGAAAUAAAGGAGCUGAGAGCUUGAGUGGCUUUGCAGAAAAAUGUAGCUGUUGUUGAAUUUCUGACAAAAAAAACGUUUCCCUUUUGGUGUCUCGUUGUAAAAUGCUGAAAUGAGAUUUCCUGUUGAUACGAGGAAAAAGUCCCAAUCUCACUUACAGUGUGUAUGUACAUGUUUUUAUACCAUGGUCUGGGUGAAUACUCGAUUCUGAUUGGCUUCAGGGUGUCCAUUAAUUCCUGAUAACGUACGCCUACUAAGUAGUUCCAGUUAAACUGUCUGUUCACCGUUCUAAAUUAAUGCGCUGGCUACAAAAAAAUCACUCAAAACUGAGUGUAACAUUAGUCCUUCAGUGCAAGAAGUAAGUUGCUCUACAUAAGCACUCAUCUCGCAUCCCAUUCGCUAUUCAACUCGCUCUUUAAGGUUGCGGCCGACAGUACAUGUCGUCUUAUUUGUAUGUGAAACUUCUCGUAUUGAUUUGGGGACAAUGUCACGGCUGGCUAGCUAUUCUUGUUGUUAAGCAUACUGUCAAGUUAUAUUUACUGUUUUUCAACCGUACCCAAUGUUAUUGACUUUGAAUCUUGCUAGCGUAACGUUCUCUCCUAGCAAACGACUAGAAAUAUCUCCCAUUGCCAAGUCGUAUAGCUAAGGUUUGUCCUAUUUACUGGAGUAAUGAACAACGUUUCCAUUGCAUAAGAACCUUUUGGGACGGUAAUGAUUUUUCCAGGUAUUAGCAAACCCUGCCAGAGGAACGGGAGUUAUGGCUUGUGAGAAACUUAACAUUUUGGUUGCAAAAUAAUUCAUAUAAAUUAAUGGUCUUCAUUUUUUUUUCUUUGGCGAGUGACCAUGGUAUAAGCGGGAUAAUGCCCCUUCGAGGUGUCCAUAAUCAGGAAUUAAUGGCCUUCACGUCGUCCAUUAAUUCCUGAUAAUGGACACCUCGUCGGGCAUUAUUCCUUACAUAUAUGGCCAGACAACUGCAAUGACAGCAUUUUUAAUGUGAACUGACCGUUGCUUAACAUAAGUAUAAUGUGAACAAUGUAAAAGUGGGAUUUUACAUGAUGAUGUGACAAAAACAAAGUCAUCUGUUAAUGCUGAUUAAAAUCCAAUGAAGUCAACACACUGGAACAGCAGAGGAGACAAUUUUUUAAGGGAGAAGAAAUGUAUUUACUGUAUCUGAGACACACAAGCUCUCUGGUUGCUGAUUGGGAAGCCUCUUGUGGAAUCAAUCGGUGCUUUCUUCACAUCCUAACAAAGAUUUUGUUCAAUAUAUGAUGUUAAAUAUAUAGAUUUAGGUCUUAUCUUUUGUCAAUAAGGGUUUGGAAAAAUAAUACUUCAGCUGUCCUUCUGUCUUGAUAACAAAGUAUCAGUAUUGAAACAUGUGAAAGAAUGUAAUUUGAGCAAAUAAAGUUUUUAGUUUACCCAAUAAAUAUAUUAUUUUAAAGCA